UACAUGGUGCAUACACUUGUUUUGCGCAUGCACGGUUGUAUCAGGACGGAGAGCUUGCAAAGCUUUUACUUUUGGUUAAUUGUAGUCAUAUUAAGCUGACUAGAUACGUUGUAAAGACUAUGAGUGUCACGACAAUCGUUUAGCAAUUAACAAGCGUAUGUCAUUCAUUCACGACAUCUGGCAGUAACUCAUUGUUUUUCAACAAUUCCGUUACUUCCGGGAAACAUGGCAGAUUCUAUUACACAAGAAGAUCAGAAAUUCAGUUUAAAAGAGGUUCUUGACACGUUCACGGCAUGUCUUUCAGAUGAUAAAGAAGUCUUCCUUGAACAUUAUGUGGCCGGGUGGCGUGGCCUUGUAAGAUUCAUGAACAGUUUAGGGAGUGUCUUCACGUUCAUCUCCAAGGAUGCUGUCAACAAAAUCGAAAUCCUCGUCAGUCUUCUCAACGGUGAGCAUGGUGCACAUUAUGUCACGAUCCAGUCCAUGGUGAAGUAUGAGGUGGAGAAUGAACUUGUGGACUUGACAAAGAGAAGUAGCUUUCCCGAGUCUGGCUGCCGAACCUUGCUGAGGCUUCACCGUGCUCUGCGCUGGCUGGAGCUCUUCCUGGAGAGGCUACGCACCAGCACAGAUGACAGUAAGACCUCUAUCAUGUGCUCAGAGGCCUAUAAUGAGUCUCUAUCCCAGCAUCAUGCCUGGAUCAUACGAAAGGCUGCCGGCAUGGCAUUUUGCGCACUCCCUGGACGUCCCACCUUCUUUGAAGUGAUGAAUGUUGGCACCCCAGAGCAGGUGGUAGCCAUGCUGGGGGAGGCCUUGCCACUUAUCUCUGAGGUAUAUCUGGUGACAGAGGACCUCUAUACCAAGCAAAACUUGCUGGACCUGCCCUAGAGGUGUACCGUAUCAUACUGCUGUAUUGGUCUAAAUUGCCCCCAUAGACUGACAAACUACAUUCCACUGCUCCCUUUCUAUUAGUUUGAUUUGUGUUGAUUUUUAGACUCUACAAUCAAGCCUAGGCAAAGCAUAAGACAUUAAGUCAUGCCAUAAAGUGUGACUGUAAAUACACUAUGUAACUAAUUAUGAGCCUUACUAUUAGGCAAACUUAGUAAAAAAAAAGUUUUUCACUGAUUAUAGAAUAACAUAAAAUGGCACAAAAGAUUGUAUUGCCAGUAUGUAUUUACAGGUUGUCUGUUCUACACUACAAUAUUAUUUAUAAUUUCAAUCAUACAGAUGGUCUAAUGUCCAGUGUAUAUUCUGAGAAACUGUCUAAUGAUGAUCACAUUCUGUAAUUGACACUGUCCUGUUGACAGUAUGUCUAAUAAAGUGAACUUUGU